CCCAGACUCCUUCAGAAAGCGAAGGACAGCCAUCCAGCAACCAUCUCUCUGUUUAGUGAUUCUUGGUGAGAAAAUCAGCGAAAUAAUUGUCCACAAUGGCUCCCAUUCCACACUCGUACGACCUGAAGGUUUCCGCGUGUGAUGCAAACCCCUGUGAGCGCGAAGACCCUUCCAUAGGGAGGUGGGACGUGGCCUUGCCCAUCAGUCGAAGGGGGAGCUUCUUCCAAGACUCCUUUUUCUCGGAUGUGCACGACAAGUUCGACGCCACCGUCAGAAGGGUUCUGGGCAGGUGGAGAGACACCGAUUUCACUUUGAGAGAUCGCUGGGACGAUAGUUGUCGGUACAGCGAUAUUUUGAAACAUUACAGACAACUUCGAUCUCUCAAUAUGAGGGAGGAGGAUCAGGCCGUCACCGUCACAACUGACACAUCAGGUCAUAAGAUUGUGGAGGACGUGCACGACUUCCUGGAUGGAGACGUGAAGGUGAAAGUGGUGGGCGAGAAGGAGGUGGUGGUGGAAGGACGUGUGGAGAGGAGGGAAGGAGGAGGCUCAUCGGUAUCCUCACACUCCUUCACACGCCGCUUUUCAUUGCCUCGUUUUACCGACAUGUCAGCCAUCACGUCUGUCAUGUCUUCAGAUGGCAUCCUUACUAUUAUUGCCCCGAAAAUGGAGGAGCAGUCUCACCAAAGGACAACUAUCAUUCCUAUCAAGCUUGAAAAAGUUGAGAACUCGGUGAUUUUCAGAACUGCAGAUGAUAAUGACACCGCUGAAAAUACCUGCGAAAAAUCACGAAAACUUAACAGUCUUCAGCCUCGGUCUGUAGAAAUUCAAAUUUCAAAGGAGAUAAUUGAUGAUGAUGUUUGUGAAGUUAGGAGGCAAGAAAAUAUUGUUAAAUCUACUGAAAGGAAAGGAUCUGACAUCGUAGAUGAAUCAAGCCAAGUCUGUAAGGAACUAGCCUCGACAGGACUUGAAAGGUCUUGUCAAGGAUUCUGGGAUGAACUCCUACCAAUCACUCGAAGAGGAAGCUUCUUCCAGGACUCAUUCUUCUCCGACAUGCACCAGAAGUUUGACGCCGCCAUAAAAAAGGUCCUGAACAGGUGGAGCACCAAUGACCUCGAGUGGACAGACACUUGGGACGACGUGGGUCUUCGCUACAAAGAUAUCCUGCAGCGAUACAGAGAGCUUCGAUCCCGUCACCUGGAAGAAAACCUUGCCGUCACCGUCACAUCAGACAAAGCAGGUCACAAGAUCGUGAUGGAUGUGCACGAGUUUACGGACGGAAAGGUGAAGGUGAGAGUGCUCGGAGAGAGAGAGCUGGUGGUGGAAGGAAGCACAGAGAAGAAGGCGGAAGCAAACUCAUCCAUUUCCUCACACUCGUUCAGACGCCGUUUCUCUCUGCCUCGCCAAACUGACAUGGCAGCCAUCACUUCUGUCUUGUCUUCAGAUGGCAUACUAACAAUCACUGCACCCAAAGUGGACGAUGGUAAACAGGAAUGUCUAGAAGAAUCCAAAGAAAUAUCUGGAAAUAGAAGACUGAGCAAGGAAGAAGAUGCCAGAAGGCCUCUGUGCAUCAAGAAGUCUGAAAGUUCCGCCGCUGAAAAUGUGUCUUUCCCUCUGACCAAAAUGGGACUCUUUUUCCACGACUCCUUCUUCAAGGACUCUACGGAGGAUUUCAGGAAAGCUGUUAGGGAAAUCUUGACAAGAUGGGGAGAAGUGUCUUCGGAAGUCGAUGAUCUGACCCGCUACAGAAUCCUUCGAUCUCGAGAUUCGAGAGAAGAGACUCAGGCCGUCACGUCUUUGGAAGAUGACCGUCAUCAUAAGUUUGUUAUUGACGUUCAUGAUUUUCUUGACGGCGGAGAGGUCACCGUGAAGGCUGUAAACGAGCGAGAGUUGGUGGUUGAAGGUCACUUGGAGAAGAAAGGAGACGGUUCCAAGUCCACCAAGCGGUUCCUUCGACGCUUCGUUGUUCCUGGAGAUAUUGAGCUUGAGGCUGUCACUUCCGUCACGUCCUCUGAUGGUGUGCUGACAAUUUCGGCUCCGAAAAAGAAGGCCCUUUUGAAGCUCACCAACGAAGCGGAGAAUAGAGACACAAAGGAAAUAAAAAAUAUACAUGCAAAUCGAAAUGAAUUUUCGUCCAAUAAAACUUCUCAUUCGUCAGAGAAAUGCCAAAAAAAAAGAAGCCAUAAUUCCUGUCCAGUUGGAAAAUAAAAAGGAAAUUGUUCACCAAGGUAAUACAGCAGAUACACUCGUGUCUGCCGACAAAGUUGAACAGAAACACUCAUCUGCAGACCUAAU